CUCUGACCUUUUCGAAACUGACCCCAACUGUUCAAACAUUUCUGAUGAUGCUUGUUCACGCGUGGUGGGUGGCGGACGGCGAAACGUUCAGCACGCGCGUGAGGUGCAGGCCGGGUCCCCGCGCCACGGUGCAGUAAGUUAAUAAAGCUAUUUUGAAAGUGACCCCUCAGUAGGGAGGAGGACAGUCCGCGGAGCAGCUGUUUGGAACCAUGACUGAAGAUGACGGACGUGGUCGUUGUGGAGGGACAAGUGAAAUUGAGAGAUGGAAAGAAGUGGAAGAGUAGGUGGGUUACGCUCAGAAAGCCCUCCCCUGUAGCAGACUGCCUGGUGCUGCAGGCGCACAAGGACAAAUCGGACAAGGCGAACGGGCGCAGGGAGAGGUGGAGCGUCACCCUGGAGGACAUCUGCGGCCUCGAACCCGGCCUCUCCCUCGAAGGAGUCGCCUACACGCUCUCGGUCGUCUGUCUGAGCCAGGCCGUGGUGCUGGGCUUCGACAGCAAGGAGGCGCUGUUGGCGUGGGAUAUCCGCAUCUGCUACUGCCUGGGGGAAGUCCACAGGUUUAAUGUUGGAGUUUUGCCCGGUACAAAGCUGGACAGUGGGCCGGCAACCCUGCACCUGUGUAACAACCUGCUGGCGAUCACCAGGGACGUCCCCCCCGCCGUGAUCGGACAGUGGAAUCUCCCAGACCUGCGCAGAUACGGGGCCGUUCCAAACGGAUUCGUCUUCGAGGGGGGUACGCGCUGCGGCUACUGGACGGGUGUUUUCUUUCUGUCUUGCGUGGAGGGGAAGCAGAUCAGCUUUCUGUUCGACUGCAUCGUUCGGGGGAUCUCGCCGUCCCGCGUCCCUCUCGGCCUCCGUCCCGUCCUUCCAGACCCCAGCGCCAGCCCAGCGUACCUGGAGGAGCGGCUGGACCGCGAGGCCCAGGAGCUGGAGAAACGGCUCAGCCUGCUGUCCCCCGACAGCCAGCAGAGUACCACAGCCUCAUCGAUGGGCGGAGAUGACAGGAGCAUCUCAAGCUCCUCCGACACCUCUGACAGCCAAUCAGACACCAGCAUAGGCAGCCGAUUAGCUGUGUGGGCGGAGCCUGUGAUGAGGCCCGCCCCCGUGGAGCCACCGGUUGCGCCAGCGGACACGGACAGAGCACCCGGUGCCGAGAGGCCGUGCGCCGUUGUCGGGGGCGUGGCCCGCCCCCCACCCAGGCCCCCCUGCUCCAGGAGGCUGCACGAAAUCGGCCGCCAGAGCUCCGCGGACAGCGGCAUCGCUACGGGGAGCCACUCCUCCUAUUCCGGAAGCUUCUCCUCGUACGCCGGCAGCCUGGACAUCGGCCGGGGGGACGAGUUCGGGUCCCUGCCCGCCCUCCCGCCGAACCUGCUUCCCGAUCUGGACCUGUGCACCUGCCCGCGGGACCCCGAUUCAGAGUACCAGGUCCCGUGCUCGCUCAGAGCCCUGUACGACAGGCCCCGGAGCCUGUUCCCCAAUCGCAUUCCGCCACAGGACCAGCCCACGCCCUCGCCCCUCUCUCCCGAGCCUGCUGGGGGCAGCAGAGAGCCAGGAGAGGCGGGCGCUGACCCCAUUCCAGCCGUGCCGUCACCAGAGAAACAGGGACAAGCGCCAGGGCCCGAGAGCGGCGAGACUCCGCCCUCUGCUGAGGAGGCCACGCCCCCCUGGGAGUUCCCCCACCCUGCAGCUCUGAGGUCUCUGUUUGCCCCCUGCCCUCUGUGUGGGGGCAUGAAGGGAACAGCGCUGUCACAUUCGGGACCCGUGCCCACGUCGGUCGUGGCAGAUAAGAAAGGGAAGAGGAGGGAGGACAGGCGAAAGGCGGAUGUGGCCUACGAGGUCAUGGAAGGGCAGGGGGCGGAGAAGACAGUUCAGUGUGAGGACAAAAGCAGCUAUGAACCAAUGGCUCGCCGUGGACGACAGAAGAGCUUGCACGAGACAGACGGAGCUGUGUGUGCUGCAGGCCCCUCUGCCAGGGUAAGGCCCCACAGAGAACACGCUGCUGCCGGCGAUCCUAAAGAAAGCUAUGAGCUCAUGGCUUCAUCUUUUGACGCACCAAAGAGAUGUGAUUUGAUACGAGAAGACUUUGGGGGAGGCUUUCUGCUCCCGGCAGACAUGGCGGUGGCGGACAGGAGCCGCGGCGAUGGCGUGACCUACGUUAAUAUUCCCGUCAGUCCGACGUCUAGCAAACAGCUCCACUACAUGGAGCUGGAGCUGCAGGAACCGUUCUCUGGAGUCAGAGGGGCGGGUAACUCUAAAUAUGCCCAGAUUGACAUCACCGCCAUGGAAACGGCCCACAGGGUGGGGACCCAGCAUGCCUUGGGGCGGGAGGAGAGGCUGCUGGAGCUGCAAAAGAAGAGGGGGGCUCUGCAGUGAUCCCCCCCCCCCCCCUCACCAUUACCCAGCAUGCACCGCCAGCACCACUGACCCCGCUGGACGGGAACCUGGCGUGUGUGGGAGACCAGAGAGAAAGGCCACACACUGCCUGGCUGUUGGGCUGUGUGGUAUCACAAAGCCAACUGCUUCCCUUCUGUACUCGUGACACACCUGGAUAUUCUUCAGCGGUGCCCAGGUGUGGAGGUACUGAAUGCCCAGCGGAUAUGGCGUCGGACUUGAUUUAGAACCUGAUAUUGUCCGCGAGGAUCUCCGGUUACUUCCUGUAUCCUCGAGGAGGUCUGCUGCAGUUCUGCCAUUUUGUGUGUGGCCAUCUCACAUGGGUUUCCCCCAACAGUGCGGCAGUGCAUCGCUUUCUGUGUUCUGUCCCCCCCCCCCCACCCCCGCAAGCUCUCUGAUGUCUUGUUAUCUGAUAUUAUUUCACGGGGAUAACUGAGGAAAUUCUCUUGCAGUCCAUUCUGGACAAUCAUUUAUGCCCAUUCCCUACAGCUGAGGUUUACCACUCUCCUGCUUUGACAUAAACAGAAGGUUCUCAACAUGACUCUCUGAAAAUUCAUAAUUUUUUUUUUGUGUUUUUAGCAACUAAAGACAUUAAAAAGCUUGAGACUGUCAUGUCAGUCAACUAACCAUGUGCACAUUGGCACAGAUAGUCUUAAGUUACAACGGACUUGAACUUAGGGCAUGCUAUCCUAAACCAUCUCAGCAAGAGCAGUUAGUGCGAUUCACGAUUCAUCGAAACCACUGCACUGAAACUGAGACUCCGAACUCAUUUUGGCAGUUAAGCCGUUAUUCGUCGUCAUUUUCAUCAUGGUACUAAAGGUACUGUCUGUGCGAUGACAGUUAGCUUCUGUCAUCGUCCGGUCUCGUGCUGUUUCUGCAAUUCCGCGGUCCUUCCUGUCGCACGUCUAGUUUACGGCUGAUGUAAACUCGCUGAGGGACACUCGCAAUAACCGCUUCAUAAACAACCAUAAAUAAUUCAAAUGGAAAAUGAUUACGUUUAUUGCAUUUUUUCAGCUGUGCAGAAGUGAGAAUUCAAAGUAAUAACAAGGAAAUGUUGCAUCUACACUGCCCCUAGCCUCAAUAAUGCUAAAUUAUAACGGAAAUGGAUCUUCUUUUUUAAAAAGAUUUUUAUUUAUUUAGAAAUGACAGGACGGUUGGUUUGCAUGCAUAAGAUGUUCCCCUCUCCUACAAACACUGUAUUAAAAUGGCCACUUCUGUUUUUUUGUAUUUAUUUAGAGUGGGGAUGUUUGAUAAAUUAUUUAAAAAUAUUUUGUUUCUAAAUUUUGUCCUUAUAUGCCAUCGUUUAGCCAAUAGACUUCAUCUCUGCAUGAAGUUCUUUAGGACUCAUCUGUGUGCGGUUCUUUAGAUUGUGUCCUGAGAUCAGUUGUAUCACUGCCUGUAAAUAUCACCGUUGGUGCUUUACAUGUACAUGUACAGAUUUUAUGAAACUAUUUUAAGCCUAAAUUUUAAAAUGUAUUCCUGCCUUUGAUCUUUUUAAAAAUAUUUAAUAAAGAAUUAGUUCCCAAA